AUGGCGACCCCCAGUUUGCACCUGGGCUCGGCAGCGUCCUUCUCUCCAAACUUCGAGUGUGUGCAUAAACUUAUUCCGGGCUUCAAAGGUGCCUGCUUUGCAACUUCUGCAGAGCCUGCACGAAUCCCCCCUAAGCAGAUGGGCACAGACCCCAAUAUGUGCAGUCGUCCCUUGCAUUGUUCAUCUGCUUCAUCAACCCCUAUUGAGCAGUCCCCUUCCCCUCCCCCUUCCCCACCGGCCAAUGAGAGCCAGAGGAGGUUGCUAGGCAACGGUGUGGCCCAGCCAACCCAGGACUCUGACUCUGAGGAAGAGUUUGUCCCUAAUUCAUUCUUAGUUAAAAGUGGCUCCGCAAACCUCUGUGUCCCUGCCAAUGAUCACCCAGCAAGCCUUCAGAACCCGUCCAGGUUGCGGACUCCACCUCCUCCACUGUCUCACGCCCACACCCCCAACCAGCAUCACGCGGCCUCCAUCAACUCCCUGAAUCGAGGGAACUUUACGCCCCGCAGCAACCCCAGCCCAGCGCCGACAGACCACUCUCUUUCCGGGGAGCACCCCGUUGGCCCCCCAGAGUCUGCCCAUGCGCAGGACAACUGGUUACUCAACAGUAACAUCCCGCUGGAAACCAGAAACAUAGCGAAGCAGACAUUCCUAGAGACUUUGCAGGACAACCUCAUUGAGAUGGACAUUCUCACCUCCUCCCGCCAUGAUGGUGCUUACAAUGAUGGGCACUUCCUGUUUAAGCCGGGAGGUACAUCGCCCCUCUUUUGUACCACGUCUCCAGGAUACCCACUGACGUCCAGCACGGUGUACUCUCCUCCCCCUAGGCCCCUCCCACGGAGCACGUUUUCCAGGCCUGCCUUUAAUCUUAAGAAACCCUAUAAGUACUGUAACUGGAAGUGCGCUGCGCUCAGCGCUAUCAUCAUCUCGGUCACACUGGUGGUCCUGUUGGCGUAUUUUGUCGCCAUGCACCUGUUUGGCCUAAACUGGCACCUGCAGCCGCUGGAAGGGCAGAUGUAUGAGAUGACGGAGAACACAGCCAGCAGUUGGCCUGUGCCAACAGACGUCUCCCUGUAUCCCUCAGGGGGCACGGGGUUAGAGUUACCUGACAGGAAAGGCAAAGAAGCCGGAGAAGGGAAGCCUAGUAGUUUCUUUCCAGAGGAGAGUUUUAUCGACUCGGGAGAGAUCGACGUGGGGAGACGGGCAUCCCAGAAGAUCCCUCCAGGAAUUUUUUGGAGAUCGCAGGUGUUUAUAGAUCACCCGGUGCAUCUGAAAUUCAACGUGUCCUUGGGAAAAGCAGCUCUGGUUGGGAUUUAUGGCAGAAAAGGCCUUCCUCCUUCUCACACACAGUUUGAUUUUGUGGAGCUCUUGGAUGGGAGGCGACUUUUGACUCAGGAGGUGAGGAGCUUGGAAGGCCCUCAACGCCAGUCCCGAGGCUCUGUCCCUCCCUCCAGCCAUGAGACUGGCUUCAUCCAAUAUUUGGAUUCUGGGAUUUGGCACCUGGCUUUCUACAAUGAUGGAAAGGAAUCUGAAGUGGUUUCUUUUCUCACCACUGCUAUUGAAUCUGUGGAUAAUUGUCCAAGCAACUGCUAUGGGAAUGGAGAUUGUGUUGCUGGGACCUGCCAUUGUUUCCUUGGUUUCCUGGGUCCAGACUGCGGCAGAGCCUCCUGCCCUGUACUUUGCAGCGGAAAUGGACAGUACAUGAAAGGGAGGUGUCUGUGCCACAGCGGCUGGAAAGGCGCUGAGUGCGAUGUGCCCACCAACCAGUGCAUUGAUGUGGCCUGCAGCAACCGUGGCACAUGCAUCAUGGGGACCUGCAUUUGCAAUCCAGGCUACAAGGGAGAGAGCUGUGAAGAAGUGGAUUGCCUGGAUCCCACCUGCUCUGGACGGGGUGUUUGUGUCCGAGGUGAGUGCCACUGCUCCGUUGGCUGGGGAGGAACCAGCUGUGAGACUCCAAGGGCCACAUGUUUGGACCAGUGUUCAGGCCACGGCACCUUCCUUCCUGACACGGGACUCUGCAGCUGCGAUCCCAAUUGGACUGGACAUGACUGUUCAAUUGAGAUCUGUGCUUCGGACUGUGGAGGUCACGGAGUCUGCGUGGGAGGCACCUGUCGCUGUGAGGAUGGCUGGAUGGGUUCGACCUGUGAUCAGAGGGCAUGUCACCCUCGCUGUAAUGAGCACGGGACCUGCCGGGACGGCAAAUGUGAAUGCAGCCCAGGCUGGAAUGGAGAACAUUGCACCAUUGAAGGCUGUCCUGGUUUGUGCAAUGGGAAUGGCAGGUGUACCCUGGACCUGAACGGAUGGCACUGUGUCUGUCAGCUGGGCUGGAGAGGCGCGGGCUGCGACACCUCCAUGGAAACCGCGUGUGGUGAUAGCAAAGACAAUGAUGGAGAUGGCUUGGUGGACUGCAUGGACCCUGAUUGCUGCUUACAGCCCCAGUGUCAUGUCAGUGCUCUGUGCCUUGGUUCGCCUGACCCUGUGGACAUCAUCCAGGAGACACAGGCCCCCGUAUCCUCGCAGAACCUGCGUUCCUUCUAUGAUCGCAUCAAAUUCCUCGUGGGAAAGGACAGUACUCACAUUGUCCCUGGAGAGAAUCCCUUCGACGGAGGGCAUGCCUGCGUCAUUCGAGGCCAAGUAAUGACAUCCGAUGGAACUCCACUGGUUGGUGUGAACAUCAGUUUUGUCAACAACCCUCUGUUUGGGUAUACCAUCAGCAGACAAGAUGGCAGCUUUGAUCUGGUGACAAAUGGCGGGAUCUCCAUCAUCCUGAGAUUUGAGCGAGCGCCAUUCAUCACUCAGGAGCACACACUCUGGCUCCCGUGGGACCGCUUCUUUGUCAUGGAGACCAUCAUCAUGCGGCACGAGGAGAACGAGAUCCCGAGCUGUGACCUCAGCAACUUUGCCCGCCCCAACCCUAUCGUGUCUCCUUCCCCGCUGACAGCCUUUGCAAGUUCGUGUGCAGAGAAAGGCCCUAUUGUUCCUGAAAUCCAGGCUCUGCAGGAAGAGAUCAGCAUCUCGGGCUGCAGCAUGAAGUUGAGCUACCUGAGCAGCCGGACGCCUGGCUACAAGUCCGUCCUGAAGAUCAGCCUCACCCACCCCACCGUCCCCUUCAAUCUCAUGAAGGUGCAUCUCAUGGUAGCCGUGGAAGGACGCCUCUUCAGAAAGUGGUUCGCUGCUGCCCCAGACCUCUCCUACUAUUUCAUCUGGGACAAGACCGAUGUCUACAACCAGAAGGUGUUUGGCCUCUCAGAAGCCUUUGUGUCUGUCGGGUAUGAAUAUGAAUCCUGCCCAGACUUGAUCUUAUGGGAGAAGAGGACCGCAGUACUUCAGGGCUAUGAGAUUGAUGCCUCCAAACUGGGAGGAUGGACCUUGGACAAGCAUCAUGCCCUCAACAUCCAGAGUGGUAUACUACAUAAAGGAAAUGGAGAAAACCAGUUUGUAUCCCAGCAGCCGCCCGUCAUUGGGAGCAUCAUGGGUAAUGGACGGAGGCGAAGCAUUUCCUGUCCCAGCUGUAACGGCCUUGCUGACGGCAACAAGCUGCUGGCUCCGGUGGCCCUGGCGUGCGGCUCAGAUGGCAGCCUCUACGUCGGGGACUUCAACUACAUUCGGAGGAUCUUCCCCUCUGGCAAUGUCACCAACAUCCUGGAGUUAAGCCAUAGUCCCGCUCACAAGUACUACCUGACGACAGACCCCAUCACUGGAUCCAUCUUCCUCUCUGACACCAACAGUCGGCGAGUGUUCAAGGUCAAGUCAACCACAGUCGUGAAGGAUGUCGUCAAGAAUUCUGAGGUGGUGGCAGGGACGGGAGAUCAGUGCCUUCCCUUUGAUGACACUCGCUGUGGUGAUGGCGGGAAGGCAACCGAAGCCACACUCACCAAUCCCAGGGGCAUUACAGUGGACAAGUUCGGGUUGAUCUACUUUGUGGAUGGCACCAUGAUCAGGCGCAUUGAUCAGAAUGGGAUUAUCUCCACCCUCCUGGGAUCCAACGACCUGACCUCUGCCCGGCCUCUCAGCUGUGACUCCGUCAUGGAUGUAUCUCAGGUUCGCUUAGAGUGGCCUACUGAUUUGGCAAUCAACCCAAUGGAUAACUCCCUCUAUGUUCUUGACAACAACGUGGUCCUGCAGAUCUCUGAGAACCAUCAGGUCCGCAUAGUGGCUGGGAGACCCAUGCACUGCCAGGUGCCUGGUAUUGACCACUUCUUAUUGAGCAAGGUGGCAGUCCAUGCAACUCUGGAGUCUGCCACUGCCCUGGCCGUCUCUCACACUGGGGUCCUGUACAUUGCCGAGACUGAUGAAAAGAAAAUCAACCGAAUCCGGCAGGUCACCACGAAUGGGGAGAUUUCCCUGGUCGCUGGUGCUCCCAGUGGCUGCGACUGCAAGAAUGAUGCCAACUGUGACUGUUUCUCUGGGGAUGAUGGGUAUGCCAAGGACGCUAAGUUGAAUUCCCCAUCUUCCCUUGCUGUGUGUGCUGAUGGGGAGCUCUAUGUAGCUGAUCUGGGAAAUAUCAGGAUCCGCUUUAUCCGGAAAAACAAACCAUUCCUGAACACCCAGAAUUUGUAUGAGCUGUCCUCCCCCAUUGACCAGGAGCUCUAUUUGUUUGACACCAGUGGUAAACAUCUGUACACCCAGAGCCUCCCCACCGGAGAUUACCUGUACAACUUCACUUACACAGGUGAUGGUGACAUCACCCUCAUCACAGAUAACAAUGGCAACAUAGUGAAUGUGCGGAGGGACUCCACUGGGAUGCCUCUCUGGCUGGUGGUUCCAGAUGGCCAGGUGUACUGGGUGACAAUGGGCACUAACAGUGCCCUCAAAAGUGUGACAACCCAAGGCCAUGAAUUGGCCCAAAUGACUUACCAUGGCAACUCUGGUCUCCUUGCAACCAAAAGCAAUGAGAACGGAUGGACAACGUUUUAUGAGUAUGACACCUUUGGCCGCCUGACAAAUGUGACAUUCCCCACUGGCCAAGUGAGCAGCUUCCGAAGCGAUACAGACAGCUCAGUGCACGUCCAGGUGGAAACUUCCAGCAAAGAUGAUGUGACCAUAACCACCAACUUGUCAGCUUCCGGUGCCUUCUACACACUGCUGCAGGACCAAGUACGAAAUAGCUACUACCUAGGUGCUGAUGGCUCCCUGAGGUUGAUGCUGGCCAAUGGGAUGGAAGUGGCCUUACAGACUGAGCCCCACCUUCUGGCUGGCACCGUCAACCCCACGGUGGGCAAGAGGAACGUGACCCUGCCCAUUGACAAUGGGCUGAACCUUGUGGAAUGGAGACAGCGCAAAGAGCAGGCCAGGGGCCAGGUCACCGUCUUCGGACGCCGACUACGGGUUCACAAUCGAAACCUCCUGUCCCUGGACUUCGAUCGAGUGACUCGUACAGAGAAGAUCUAUGAUGACCACCGGAAGUUUACGCUUCGGAUCCUGUAUGACCAGGCUGGGAGGCCCAGUCUCUGGUCCCCCAGCAGCAGGCUGAAUGGCGUCAACGUGACCUACUCCCCAGGCGGCCACAUCGCCGGCAUCCAGCGGGGCACCAUGUCAGAAAGGAUGGAGUAUGACCAGGCGGGCCGCAUCACAUCCAGGAUCUUUGCUGACGGGAAGUCCUGGAGCUACACUUACCUGGAGAAGGCAAGGGUCUUCUUCACUGACCCCUUUGGGGAGGCUCUCAGGCCAGCCUGA